AUUCCCGGGCUGUCCCACGCACUGACCCCGGAAUUGAUUCUGGGCAAAGAGACUUCACCAAGUGAAGGGAGACAGUCAAAUUCACACUGUCUUCAUCUGAGACCACCUCCAGAACAAAGAACCUGACUUCCCUCCUGGCUUUGUACACUGGAAUGGACCUUGAAGCCUGUGACUUCUCAAUGCAAGGAUGAAGUGAAUUUAGAGCUAAAAACGAGGCAAGAAACCAGGCCUUGAAAUCUCCGAAAGGUAGGAGAGACUUCAGACUGCAAUGGCUGAAAGAACUAUAUGCACUGACGCAACCUCAGGAAAACCCACAAUGGCUGCCAAGCGCAAAGGCGGCCUGAAGCUAAAUGCAAUCUGUGCCAAGCUGAGCCGCCAGGUCGUCUUCGACCACGGGGGAGCCGAACAGGCGCGAGCGGACAAGGGGCCGCAGCGGGAGAGCAGCAACAAGGACCUGCCUCAGCCUGGGACCAAGGAGCUGGGGACAGAGUUUUCAGAUGGACUCAGCCGUGUGCAGAAGAUCGAGGAGGACAAAAGGAGGGAGGUGAUCGAGAAGUGGGUGAACGGGGAAUACAACGAGGAGCCCUUGCUGGGGCGAGCAGAGGGCAAGGAAUGUAAGGGCGCUGAGAGCGCGGAGGUGCCCCCCGAAGGGGUUUACAUGGUGCAGCCCAAGGGCUGCAGUGACGAGGAAGAUAACGGGGACGAGGCAGACACUCUGAGGGGCUCACAGGAUGGCAACUUCUUGGAUGACAGGGAUUCAGACGGGCCGGCCUCGAAGGACGAUGCCUACCGGUCCUCCAGUGGCGAGACAGGCUCCAAGCUGGGGGGAGGAACCGCCUCAGGGGAAGCUUCAUCGCUGCGAGAUUAUGCUGCCACCACCAUGAAUGAGUUCCUGGGCAUGUUCGGCUAUGAUGAUCAGAACAUGCGGGAUGAGCUGGCCCGCAAGAUCAGCUUUGACAAGCUGAACGCUGCUACCUCAGAGGCCACUGCGACUGCUGCCUCUCUCCCUGGCGAGGACGCCAUGAGCAAACGAGCCCGCUUCUCCAAGUAUGAGGAGUACAUACGCAAACUGAAAGCUGGAGAGCAGCUCUCUUGGCCCAUGCACUUGGCCAAAUCUGAGGAGUUGGGCUCCAAGCUGGGCAAAGAAACUUCCUCAGUGCUGGCACAGCCCAUUCGGGUGCCAGGUCCAGAUGCCUCCAUGCUGACGGAGACCAAAGCCACCAUCCUGCCGCUGCCCUCUCCCAGCAGUUCCCAGAUGCAGGGCCUGAUGUCACGAGCCUCCAAAUAUGACUUCUUCAUUCAGAAGCUGAAGACAGGUGAGAGCAUCAGGCCACAAAAUGGCAACACUUACAAGAAGGCCUCUAAGUAUGACCUAGAAAACGUCAAGUACUUGCACCUUUUCAAGCCUGGAGAAGGAAGCCCAGAUAUGGGAGGAGCCAUCGCCUUCAAGACAGGCAAGGUAGGCCGGCCUUCCAAGUAUGACGUGAGGAACAUUCAGAAGCUUACUCCAGUAAAAGCUCCAACACCCAGCCUGGCCCCUGCUCCCCUUGCCAGUACCCCCAGCAGCACUCCUGUGGCUGGGCCAGAGCAGUCCGUCUCAUUGCCAUUCAACACUCCUGAGUACCUGAAAUCAACUUUCUCCAAGACAGACUCCAUCACAACUGGAACAGUCUCUACAGUAAAGAACGGAUUACCCACUGACAAACCAGCUGUCAGCGAAGACGUAAAUAUUUACCAGAAGUAUAUUGCCAGGUUCUCUGGCAGUCAGCACUGUGGACAUAUACACUGUGCAUACCAGUAUCGAGAACAUUACCACUGCCUUGACCCAGAGUGCAACUACCAGAGAUUCACUAGUAAACAGGAUGUGAUUCGGCAUUACAACAUGCACAAGAAACGUGAUAAUUCCCUCCAGCACGGCUUCAUGCGCUUCAGCCCCUUGGAUGACUGUAGCGUGUACUAUCAUGGCUGCCACCUGAAUGGGAAAAGCACACACUACCACUGCAUGCAGGUGGGUUGUAACAAGGUCUAUACAAGCACCUCUGAUGUGAUGACCCAUGAGAACUUUCACAAGAAGAACACGCAGCUCAUCAACGAUGGAUUUCAGCGGUUCCGUGCCACGGAGGACUGCGGCACUGUGGAAUGCCAGUUCUACGGGCAGAAAACCACUCACUUUCACUGCAGGCGACCUGGCUGUACAUUCACCUUCAAGAACAAGUGUGACAUUGAGAAGCACAAGAGCUACCACAUCAAAGAUGAUGCCUAUGCCAAGGACGGCUUCAAGAAGUUCUACAAGUAUGAGGAAUGCAAGUAUGAGGGCUGUGUCUACAGCAAGGCCACCAACCACUUCCACUGCAUAAGGGCAGGCUGUGGCUUCACCUUCACCUCCACCAGCCAGAUGACCUCCCAUAAACGCAAACAUGAGCGCCGGCACAUCCGGAGCUCAGGAGUGCUGGGCUUGCCUGCCUCUCUCCUGGGUUCCAAGGAUAAUGAGCAAGAGGAGUCCAGUAAUGAUGACCUUAUUGACUUCUCCGCUAUGAGCUCGAAGAACUCCAGCCUGAGUGCCUCCCCCACCAGUCAACAGUCUUCCGUUUCUCUCAUAGUCCCAGCUGCACCCUCCUCUGCUGCUGAGCUUGCUUCCUCACAGGCCAGCAAGUCUGCCAACAGCAUGACACCAGCCACCAAGAUCUCUGGCCUGCUCUCCCAGGCUCUUCCCAGCAAUAUACCCUUGGCCCUGGCACUCUCCAACUCAGCACUUCCUGGAACAGCUGGAUCCUUCUUCCCCAUCAUCCCCAGUCGGGUCUCUACACCACUUCCUGCCAGCUCAGCUAAUCUGAUGACUGCUGGUUCUUCUGGCACCAAUCCAACAUCAUCUGCUCCUACAGAUUCCUCAUCCCAGGCCAUUUCAGGAUCUGGUGAGCCAGCGGCUACUUCUUCUCCAGCUCCAGCGGCAUCUAUAAUGGAAAGGAUCUCUGCUAGCAAGGGAUUAAUCUCUCCUAUGAUGGCCAGGCUGGCAGCAGCUGCACUCAAGCCCUCUGUGGCACUUGAAGCAGCAGGGAAUGGACAACCAGCAGCUCCCGGACGGUUCAAUCCAGUUCAGGUGAAGCAGGAACCUGUGGAGGCCAUGGGAUCAUCAUCUGCCACUAGUCAGGACUCCUUGCAGGAGCACAGCUUGGACCUGAGCGUCAAGGACCAUGGUAAUGAAUCAAAUGGCCACACAGUCUCGGCAAAUUCAUCUCUUUUAUCCUCGCUUAUGAAUAAGAUGUCAAAGACCAGUGCCAGCCUUGGCAACCUGCGGAACAUUAAGACAGAAGGAGAUGGCAACCAGGCUGGGGCUGGAGAGCCAACACAGUACUUGGGCAAGGCAGUGAAAGCACUUGUCCAGGAGAAGCUCUCUGAGCCGUGGAAGAUGUACCUGCACCGGUUUGGUACCAAGGAUUUCUGCGAUGCACAGUGCGACUUUCUCCAUAAGGUGCAUUUCCAUUGUGUCGUGGAGGAAUGCGGUGCCCUCUUCAGCACCCUGGAUGGAGCCAUCAAGCAUGCCAAUUUUCACUUCCGAACUGAGGGUGGAACUGUGAAAAGUAACUCCGAGUCUCCCUUCUCAACUGCUACUGAGAAUAAGGCUUCACUGGCCCCUUCAUCACCGUCUGCUACUUCUGUCACCAUGGCAAGUGCUCCUGCCCUCGAUGUGCCCACUCCAAGUCCAGCUACUGUGCCCUCUGCCCCCACACUGCUAGCUUGGAAGCAGCUGGCUUCAACCAUACCCCAGAUGCCUCAGAUCCCAGCAUCAGUGCCUAACCUGGCAACUUCACCCUUGGCAACGACUUCCCUGGAGAAUGCCAAGCCUCAGGUCAAACCCGGAUUUCUCCAGUUCCAGGAGAAUGAUCCCUGCCUGGCAACGGACUGCAAGUACGCCAACAAAUUCCACUUCCACUGUCUCUUUGGGAACUGCAAGUAUGUGUGCAAAACCUCUGGCAAAGCAGAAUCCCACUGCCUGGACCACAUCAACCCCAACAAUAAUUUGGUGAAUGUGCGAGACCAGUUUGCUUACUAUUCGCUGCAGUGUCUCUGUCCGAACCAGCACUGUGAAUUCAGGAUGCGAGGGCAUUACCACUGUCUUCGUCCUGGCUGCUACUUUGUGACUAACAUCACCACCAAGCUGCCCUGGCAUGUGAAAAAACAUGAGAAGGCAGAGAGAAGGGCAGCCAAUGGCUUCAAGUAUUUUACCAAGCGAGAGGAGUGUGGCAGACUAGGUUGCAAAUACAACCAGGUGAACAGCCACUUCCACUGCAUUCGAGAGGGCUGCCAGUUCUCCUUCCUGCUCAAGCACCAAAUGACAUCCCACGCCAGAAAGCACAUGAGAAGGAUGCUGGGGAAGAACUUUGAUCGUGUUCCUACUCAGGUUAUUGGCCACACUCCAAGAAAUGAGAAUCUCCCCCAGGUUGGCAGCAUGGCACCCAGCCCAGCCUCAUCAGGAACCCCAGCUUCCUUUCAGGGACCCCCGAGCAUGAUGGACACUGAAACAGAUGAGUACAUGGAUUAUACUGGCUGUAGCCCUGGGGGUAUCUCCUCUGAAUCUUCCAAUAUGGACCGCAGCUGCUCCAGCACUCCAGUGGGCAAUGAAAGUACAUCAGCAGGCUGCCUGGUUCCUUCUACUGCUACUGCUGCUGCCGAUGAUGCUACCCACAAUGCACCACAACCUCAACCACCAUCUCUGCCUCCAUCUUUCUCACAAGCCCUGCUUAGGUCUCCCCUUCCCACCCUCCCCUAUCUUUUCUCUCCAUCUUGUCUCUCAUACUCUCUGCUCAGUGCCACUCUUGGAUCCAGCAGAGGCAUUGUCAUGCCUGCCGCCAGCACCACUGGGUUUUCGCCCAUCAUUGCCACUCCAACUCCAGUAAAAAGUGACGUUCCCUUAGUUCAGGAUGCAGCAGGGAAUACCAUCACUAUGCCAACUGCCUCGGGGGCCAAAAAGCGUUUCUGGAUUAUUGAGGACAUGUCCCCAUUUGGCAAGCGCCGCAAGACCGCAUCCUCACGCAAGAUGCUGGAUGAAGGGAUGAUGCUGGAGGGAUUUCGGCGCUAUGACCUCUACGAGGACUGCAAGGACUCCAGCUGCCAAUUCUCUCUCAAGGUUACCCACUACCACUGCACGCGGGAGAAUUGUGGCUACAAGUUCUGUGGCCGUACCCACAUGUAUAAGCACGCCCAGCAUCAUGAUCGUGUUGACAACCUGGUAUUGGAUGAUUUCAAACGCUUCAAGUCUUCACUGAGUUGCAACUUCCCAGACUGUCAGUUCUCUGGCAAUAGCACACACUUCCACUGUCUGCGUUGUGGCUUCCGCUGCACUGACAGCACUAAGGUGACAGCCCACCGUAAGCACCAUGGCAAGCAGGAUGUCAUCAGUGCUGCUGGCUUCUGCCAGUUCAGCUCAAGCGUGGACUGCGAGGUGCCUGACUGCAAGUACAAACUCAAGUGCUCCCACUUCCAUUGCACCUAUCCUGGCUGCAAACACACAGUGGUGGGCAUGUCACAGAUGGACUCGCACAAGCGCAAACAUGAGAAGCAGGAGCGAGGGGAGCUUCCUGCCAUCUCUCCUGGCCCUGAGGGCCUUGCCCACUCCACUCUCGAGUAUGACAUCCAGAACUCUUCCAUCAACCUGGACAGUUCCCUCAACCUCAGCACCGACAACAACAGCUCCCUCUUCUUCCUGCAGAAUGCGGCUGGGGUGGGCCUCAAUGAUUCCCUGGACCUCAGCAAGAAGCAGUCAGAAGUCACUGAAGGUCCAUCACCGAGCAGAGCUGGGACCGCACCUCAGGAGAGGGGGGCGGUGGCAUCUGGCUCUGGUGAUGUGGAGGACGAGGAUGACUCUUCCCAAGAGGAUGAAGAGGAUGAUGAGGAGGAGAUGAAUGAAGAAGAGGAGGAGGAUGAUGAGGAGGAUGAUGAUGACGAUGAGGAGGAGGAUGAUGAAGAGGAAGACCUGAACACAGAUUCUGAAGAAUCGCUGCCUGACCCUGAGGGCCUGGCCACUAAAGAAGAUGGAGAACCAGAGGAGGCUGCUUCUUCCACAGAUCACGGUGAUGCUUCCAGGCCACAGGGUGAGCCAGCCCUCACUCCAGCCCCAACUCCUGCUCCAGCUGCUGCCCCAGCCUCCACCGUUGCUCCAGCAGCUUCUCCUUAAUCUUAGAGACGACAGCGGCAGUGGUUUGGUUUUGCUCUUACACAGAAUUACUAAGAGGACCCCAUAUGAGGCAAGAACAAAGAUUGGGAUGGCAAGUGAAAAAACAAACUCCGUGCCACACACACGAGAGAGAGAGGAAGGAAGGAAACCCAUGCUCCUCCACAGGCCCCAUGAGAGAGACAGGCUCGCAGCAGGACUGGUGCUGCAUCACUUCAUUCUGCAGAUCACAGAACAUGGGGGCAGGAUGCAGCAAAAAAAUACCCUUUUAUACGGACAUGAACCUUGAGGGUACCAGCUGCUUUUCCCUGCUCCACGCACGGUGCGUGGGGCCUGUGCCCAUCUGGGGACCCUUUGUUAUGGGUGGGGCUCUAUCCCCCCAUUUUUCUUUCUGGGUUUUAUUUUUCCAUGUUUUCAGUUGUACGAUAUUAAUAAUAAUCUCCACUUCUUGGAGGGGGGUGGGUGGGAACAACAGGUAAUGAAUUUUAGAAAUAUAUAUUUGUGUGUGUGUCUCUCUCUAUAUAUAUAAUGUACACACACACACACAUAUAUAAAAUUCAAGGAAUUGGUGUCACAAAGACAACUAGCUCAGCUUUUGCCAGUGGGAAGGAGGGGGUGAGGGGUGCGCGCUCGCUCUCUCUCUCCACCCCUCCCCCCUUCUUUCUCCAGCAUUAAAUGAAUGGCAUCAGACAGCAAGGGUGGGAGUGGGUAUUUAUUGUCGCAUAAAUGAGGACGCAUUAAUGAAUGAGCAGGGGUGGGAAUGGGACACUCCUCUGUUCUUCCAGAUCCUUUUUACUAUUAAUGAUGAUAAUUUUGAAUGCUAUUUAUAUUGUAAAACUUUCUCAGUCUACACUUUCUCUGUAGGACACCUCUCCUCAUCCCUGCUGUUCUGCCUGUAGGGAUUUAGCUGAAGUAACUUGGGAAGAACACAGCGGGCAGUUCAAGGGUCUGUCACACUGGAGGACUGGGGUUAAUCUCCCAUCCAGUUCCAUCUCAUCCCAACCCCCAGGUGCCUCCUCUCUGUUGAGGGUGAGGCGUUUUCGUGGUGCUUCAGUAUCCCCAUCUCAGGAGGUUGUGAGCUGA